AUGUCGUUGUCUAUGCCUGGUCCCAGCCAGGCGGGUCUUUUCAAGCCUGGAUACCAGAGUCACGAUGCUGAAGACGGCGCCGUCAUUCGCAAUAUCGAGGCCUGCCAGGCGAUCUCUAAGACCGUCCAGACAUCGCUCGGUCCCUACGGCCGCAAUAAGAUCGUCAUCAACCACCUGCAGAAGAUGGUACUUACGUCGGACGCCGCUACGAUUCUUCGCGAGUUGGAUAUCGUGCACCCGGCUGCCAAGCUGCUUGUCAUGGCGAGUCAGCAGCAGGAUGCGGAGAUGGGUGAUGGUACUAACAUGGUCAUCGUUCUGGCGGGAGAGCUGUUGAAGAAGGCCGAGGAACUGCUACGGCUGGGCUUGAAGACGAGUGAUAUUACUCAGGGAUACGAAAAGGCACAGACUUACGCUCUGAAAGUACUAGAGGACCUCGAAGUCGAUCGCUUGAAGGAACUGCGCUCUCAGGAAGAACUCUGCAAGGCUCUUCGUACGGUCGUCGCCAGCAAGCAGUCCGGAACAGAGGAUCUCUUGUCAUCGUUAGUUGCGGAGGCGGUUCUCGCUGUUCUGCCCAAGAAUCCCGUCAAUUUCAAUGUCGACAAUGUUCGCGUCGUCAAGAUCAUGGGUGGUAGCUUGGAACAAUCCCGUGUGAUCAAGGGUAUGGUCUUCGGGCGGGAGCCUGAGGGUACCAUCAAGAAGGCCCGCAAGGCAAAGGUUGGAGUUUUCAGCUGUCCUAUUGAUAUUUCUCAGACCGAAACCAAGGGCACCGUGCUCUUGAAGAAUGCCCAGGAGAUGCUCAACUUCUCAAAGGGAGAGGAGGAGCGCCUGGAGUCGACCAUCAAGGAGCUUUACGACUCCGGACUCCGUGUUGUCGUUGCUGGCUCCUCCGUCGGUGACUUGGCUCUGCACUAUCUCAACCGAUUCAACAUUCUUGUCAUCAAGAUUCUUUCCAAAUUCGAGCUUCGCCGUCUCUGCCGUGUCGUUGGCGCUACGCCUCUGGCUCGUCUUGGCGCUCCCAUGCCCGACGAGAUGGGCAGCGUUGACGUUGUCGAGACCACUGAGAUUGGUGGUGACCGUGUGACCGUUUUCCGUCAGGAAGAAGCCAACGCUGUAACGCGUACCGCCACCAUUGUUCUGCGUGGAGCGACUCAGAACCACCUAGACGACGUCGAGCGUGCCAUCGACGACGGCGUCAAUGCUGUCAAGGCUAUCACGAAGGACCCUCGACUUGUUCCUGGCGCUGGCGCUACUGAGAUUCAGCUCGUGGAGAAGAUCUCGGCUUUUGCUGACAAGACCCCCGGUUUGCCCCAGUAUGCCAUUCGCAAAUACGCCGAGGCUUUCGAGGUCAUUCCUCGUACUCUCGCGGAGUCCGCUGGCUUAGACGCCACGGAGGUUCUCUCACGUCUCUAUACAGCACACCACCGCACGACCAAGGCCUCCGAGUCGGAGGAGUCUGAAGAGGGCAGCUCUGAGGAGGAAGAGCCCUACUGGACUACAGGUGUUGAUCUGGAGGCUGGUUCUUCGACCGGUACCUUGGAUGCAGUUGAUGAAGGUAUUCUGGACCUCCUGGCAUCAAAGAGCUGGGCCAUCCGUCUGGCCAGUGAGUCCGCUCGGACAGUCCUCAGUGUUGAUCAGAUUAUUGUGGCCCGACAGGCGGGUGGUCCAAAGCCUCCAGGCCCUAACCCCAACUGGGAUGAAGAUUAA